AUGAACAAUAUCUAAGGGUAUUCACUUUCAAAGCCAUCAACUAAAACCACAUAAGCACCAGGUGGUAAUUCAUCCAUCUCAUUUGUAUUUUUGAAUUCUUAUUCAGGGCUCUGAUGAGCCUGCUCCUCAAUAAAAACGAGUUGUUAGAGAUCCAAAUGCUAGUCAUUUUACUCUUGGAGGAGAACCUGUUCCUCAAAGAGGAUAGUAAACAUAGCAAUAAUAGCAACAAUAAUAAUAAUAAUAAUAAUAGGAAUAAGGUUUUUCAUAUUUGAAUAUUUUUUUAGGGACCCAUACAUCAGUCAAAGUUAAGAAUCCACCUGGAGGUCGUUCAUAAAUAUAAUUUGGAUGAA